AUGUCACCUUCUCGUGAUCCUAAGAAGAAGCUCUAUACCAAGGGGGGCGGAUAUGCCACUACUACCGCGAAGAAUCAAAGCCGAGCAGAUGGCUGGCACACCGAUGGUUCUUUUGAACACGUGCCUGCCGAUUAUACUCUGCUACAAAUGAAGAUGUGCCCCAACACAGGCGGCGACACUCUGUUUGCCUCGGCCUAUGAGGCCUACGAUCUUCUGUCGGCUCCAAUGCCGCAAAUGUUCGAGGGACUUCAGGCCACCUUCAUGCCCCCUCAUCACUCGCCAGAACUUAUCGAAGAUCGCCUGUGGCCUGGUAGUCGAGCUGCCCCACAGAACGUCGGCUCCUACCUUCGCGCCACUCACCCAUGUAUCAGGACCAACCCUGUGACCGGAUGGAAGUCCCUUUACGCUUUUGGACAUCACCUUGAAAGGAUCGAGGGUCUUGGAAACGUUGAGAACAACAUGAUGCUUGAGUUUCUUUCAAGAUUGAUCACUGAAAACCACUAG